AGGGCAGGAAUGUUGUUGUGUUCUAUGGGUCUCAGACGGGCACAGCAGAAGAGUUUGCUAACCGCCUAGCUAAAGAUGCCAGCCGGUAUGGCAUGAAAGGAAUGGUCGCUGACACAGAGGAAUGUGAAAUGGAGGAUUUAGGACAAUUAAAUGAGAUUGAAAACUCCAUUGCAAUCUUCUGCAUGGCGACAUAUGGAGAAGGGGACCCCACAGACAAUGCUCAGGAGUUCUAUGAAUGGCUGCAAGCUGGUGAUGGAGAACUGGGUGGAAUGAAGUAUGCUGUAUUUGGUCUGGGAAACAAGACAUAUGAGCAUUUCAAUGCUAUGGGGAAGUACGUUGACAAGAGGCUGGAGGAACUGGGAGGAACACGCCUUACGGAGCUAGGCGAAGGUGAUGAUGACGCCAAUAUUGAGGAAGACUUUGUCUCCUGGAGAGAAAAGUUCUGGCCGGUUGUAUGUGAGAAGUUUGGAGUUGAGGCCACUGGAGAUGAUGUCAGUAUCAGGCAGUAUCAUUUGACAGUUCAUGAAGAUCUUCAGGGCUUGAAGGUGUUCACUGGCGAAAUUGCAAGAUUUGGGUCUUUCAAAAAUCAAAAACCACCGUUUGAUGCAAAGAACCCAUUCCUGGCUCCUAUGACAGUCAGAAGAGAGCUACACAAGGGAGGCGACCGCUCCUGUAUGCACAUCGAGCUCGAUAUCACGGGGUCCAAGCUAAGAUACGAGGCUGGUGACCACGUGGCUGUGUACCCAGUGAAUGACUCAGCUCUUGUUGAUGCCAUUGGGAAACGACUCGGUGUGGACCUGGACACUGUCAUAACGCUCACAAACGUUGAUGAAGAAGCCAGCAAAAGGCAUCCUUUUCCAAACUCAUGUAGUUACCGCACUGCGUUGUCACAUUACCUGGACAUAACAAGUCCACCACGCACCCACAUCCUGAGAGAACUCUCCGAAUACACCACUGAUCAGAAGGAUAAAGACUUCCUUAUGCUGAUGACAUCUUCCAAAGAAGAAGGAAAGAGUUUAUAUUUAGAGUGGGUUGUAAGAUGUCAGAGAAACAUCCUGGCAAUUUUGGAGGAUCUGCCCUCAUUGAAUCCUCCACUGGAUCAUAUAUGCGAGUUGUUACCACGGUUACAAUGUAGAUACUACUCCAUUUCAUCAUCUCCGAAGGUCUACCCACACAGUAUUCAUAUCACAGCUGUUGUGAUAGACUACACCACCAAGACAGGUCGGCCACUCAAAGGAGUUGCCACCAACUGGCUGAAGGAGAAGCAAUUGACAAAUGAGGUGAAAGCGACUGUUCCCAUAUUUGUGAGGAAGUCGCAGUUCCGUCUGCCCUUCAAAGCGAGUACCCCAGUCGUUAUGAUCGGUCCAGGAACCGGGUUCGCGCCAUUCAGAGGAUUCAUUCAGGAGAGAGAUUUCGCGAUGUCAGAGGGUAAACCGAUAGGCAAUACGAUCCUGUAUUGCGGCUGUCGUCACAAAGCUGAAGAUUUUCUGUACAAUGAGGAACUGGAGGACUACCUUGGCAAGGGAAGCCUCACCAAGAUGCACACAGCGUUCUCACGGGACCAGCCUCAGAAGAUUUACGUACAAACCCUUAUGAAACAGAACAAGCAAGAGUUAUGGGACUUGUUGGAAAAUGGUGGCCAUGUGUAUGUUUGUGGUGAUGCGAGAAACAUGGCGCGGGAAGUACAUGCUUUACUGGAGGAGAUCGUGAAGGAAAAGGGCAACAUGGACUCUGCCAAGGCGGCAGAUUACAUAAAAAAGUUACAGUCAAAGGGACGCUACUCUUGUGAUGUCUGGAGCUGAAACACUGGCAUAUAUUUUAUGACCCAAUGUUAACAUGAUCAUUUCAUUCACAAAUUCCUGUUAGACUGUAAUCAGUUUGUAUAUACAUAUAUAUUUUUUAUAAGUGAUCGCAAGCCUUCAUUAUGACAUUUUUGUUUUUUUCUUUAGAAAAUUGUACAAUAUUUUUAAUAUAUUAAAUGCUGUGUCAACAAAUUGUGCUAACAGGCUUUGAAUGGUGAAUAAAAUUAGUGUGUUUAGGAUAAAAUAUUUUAUAAUCAAGUUGGAUUAACUGAACAAUAGUUUUAUCAUGUAAACAAAUUAUAUAUAUAGAAUGAAUGAAUUCAGUGUGUAUAUUUGUAAUGUGUCCAUUUUAAAAAUCACUAGUGCUUUAUGAAUAUUUUAAACAUAUUUUGAUUAGUUUUUUCAAACAAAGUGGUGUAUUUCAUAUUAUGAUAGACCUAUGUUUACGGGUAUAAAAACUGGUAUAACUGUAUUAUCUUAUGAAAUAUUCUUGCUUUUGUUGCCAAUAAAAACAAGUAACCCAAACACCCGUUAA